AUGGCCAGCUUCUUGAACACGGCCAAGAUAAUCAGUGUCAACACUGCGGACGCUCAUUCGGCUGCCGACUCCAAUGAAAGCAUGCUCCCAACUUAUCAUCUGAGAUCGCCUGAGCCCUCUGAGACUGGUUUCUCGGAUACGUCAAGCAUUGAGGAAUCGCGACGGAGCUCCCCAAUCCCAGCUGCGUGGGAUUGCGAGAAUCUCUUGAGUCCUCUUGACGAACUUCCCCCUCGACCCUCUCGCCCCCUUUUCGGCCAGAGAAGCGCAAUCGGAACUGAGGAUGCUUUGUUCAAGCCCACACGUCGGUUCCAGCUCUUUGUCGACUCUCAACCAGAAUACGAUUUUGGCGUCACGCAAAGUAACUGGAACUUGUCCCACACACACGAUGACAACGACUCGAUCAUCACAGCUGUCAGGGACGUUGAAAAAACUCACCAGCCCAUUCCACUCGGGCCACUCCGUGUCUUCGAAGAGCGCCAUUAUAGCUAUGCCGGAUUUUCCAGUUCCUCGCCCAUCUGUGCUGAAGCUCUACAAGAGCAGCAGAGGCCUAAGCUCGUCACGGAUAUGCUUGGGGAAAUUGAUGACUUCCUGGGUGACUUUGGAUGUCACGAAUUCGAAGAAGUACUUGCUGAAGACAAUCGUGCAACGGAUACCUUCGUUCCAUCGGAAGAGCCUAUGCCCCUGAAACUCACGGCGAGGCAGAAGCAAAACAUUCACACAACCCAACCUAUCUACCCUGACACCGAGGCCAAGCCUUUGUUCACUAUCAGCGAGGAAAACAACAACCAAGUUGAUGGAACCUUUCACCAGCCGGCUUUUUGUUCGGCCCUUCAUCUCACAAAGUACGCCGGCUUUGUUGAAACCUCUAUGGUUCCCGCACCUCUACGCAUAUUCAAGCGACCCAAGGUCGACAAUAACCGUGGAUUGGAGGGUCAAGGUACCCUGCACGCCCGUGACAACAAAAAGCCGGCAGGGCCUAGAGACAUUGAGUAUUCCAGAAGACAACAAAACAGGCCACAGCCGAAUUCGCCGCCAAUUCUCGGCCCUCUCUUCGAUGAGAGCUCAUUUGGCAUUCCUGUGGUUCCCUUUCUACCCAACGGCCCACAUCGUCAGCUCUCGUUUCCAUCCCCAAAUUCGAUAGCCUACCUCGAGCAUGAGCCUUUACACAGAGCCGGCCUCGACGCUGAUGAUGUUUCUACGGUGAUAGAGGCUCCUGUUGGUGCUGCUGGCGUUUCUGAGUGGGACGAGGACGAUUCCAUUGACUUCUUGCUCGGCCCCAUGGAAGACGCACCGCCUCUCGUGCCGCCUCACAGGGAGCUUCCUCGCCUGCAGAACUCCGUGUUGAACCGCGGCGCUGUGAACAACUGGCUGAGAGACUCGGAGACUGCCGGCAGUCUUGAAGCUGCUACCAGCCAUAACACGGUCGAUGCCCCUCGUCGUCGUCGUGUUCGCGACGUUGAUGUUAGCAGCAUUGACGAAGCUGAUACCCCUUGUCCGCUUCGUUCUCAAGACGUCGAUGCUCGUGUCAAUGCCAGUAUCGAUGCUCUUGUCUACCCGAUUGUGCAGCCUGAGAGCCAUUCCGCGUAUUAUGAAGAUGAUUUCCUUCAUGAUGUCAUGACUGCUGUGAGUGAGACCCAAGCAACUGACCUGGAUGAACAGCUUCGGCUUCUAGGUCCAGUCUACCCCAGCAGGAUUCUUCUAUGGCCUCUCCAUCAUCCCGCCACAGAAAGUGAGCCCGAAAAUGCCUCUCUGGAGGGCGAGCGUAGUCAAUCGACUUCCAGAUCACCCACCCCUGAAGAGCGACCCGAGACCUCCAGGUGCUUUUUGUGA